AUGUUGGAAUUUUACUUGGAGGAACAAGCCAGAAGUGUGGGGAGCCGCAAUCCCGAGAUCCAGCGCCAGCGACGGGCGGAGCCCUCGCGAGGUGAGCGAUGCGAUCGGCGGAGCGAGACUCCAGAGUUGGAGCUAAUGGCGUCCCCAUUCACAAGCCCCAUGGCAUCCCCAAGGAGCGAGUGGUCCUCGUGGGCGUCUCCUCGGAGCAGACGGGAGCCGGAAGUGUCGCCAGGAGCAACGGAGGAGGAGGACAGCGACGGCAGCGACGUGGUGGUGGUCUCCGUCGAGCCGGCUCCGAGGAGAGCCGAGCUCCGGAGAUGGCAGCUCAACGACGAGGAGGAGCGGGCACGGGAGCAGGAGCUGCGACGCGACGCAGCGUUCCUCGGCAUCGCCAUCCGAUCGGCGGAGCGCUAUUUGCGUGAGCGGAAGCGCGAAACUGCAGGGCAACGGGAGCCGAAGCAGCCGUUGAAAACCAGGCCGCCAGCGACGCCAUCGCAGCCGACGUCAAGGCCAGCAGCAGCGCAGCAGGGACGGACGGCAGAGGUACCGUUGCAACGGAGAGCGCAGGCCUCAGCACACCCGACAGCGCGGCCGCCAGCGACGCCAGCGGCGCAGCCACCAGCGACGUCAGCAGCGCAGCCACCAGCGACGUCAGCAGCGCAGCCGCCAGCGACGACAGCGGCGCAGCCACCAGCGACGCCAGCAGCGCAGCCACCAGCGACGCCAGCAGCGCAGCCGCCAGCGACCCCAGCAGCGCGGCCAACAGCCGAGGCCGUGCGGAGGAGCCAGAUGGAGCAGCAGCGCAAUCGGCCAGCAGCAGCAGAGGCGCGACGCGAGGAGGAGCGGCGACGCGAGGAGGGACGGCGACGCGAGGAGGGACGGCGACGCGAGGAGGAGCGGCGACGCGAAGAGGGGCGACGACGCGAGGACGAGCGGCGACGCGAGGAGGAGCGACGACGCGAAGAGGAGCGGUGA